AUGUUCGCACGACAGAUUGGGAGGAACGUCCAGGUUUACGUGGACGACAUGCUAGUGAAAAGCCGGAGGGAGGAGGAUCACCUGGCGGAUCUCAAAGAAACGUUCGAUACACUUCGCUCCUUCAACAUGAAGCUCAAUCCAGAAAAGUGUGCCUUCGGAGUUACGGCAGGAAAGUUUUUAGGAUUUAUGGUGUCCCAGAGGGGAAUCGAGGCAAACCCGGACAAAAUACGGGCAAUCAUAGAGAUGACACCACCAAGGAAUGUGAAGGAAGUGCAAAGCCUUAAUGGAAAAAUAGCGACACUGAAUAGAUUCGUAUCAAGGGCAACAGAUAAGUGUUUACCCUUCUUCCGAACGCUAAAGAAAUCCUUCGAGUGGACUGCCGAGUGCCAGCGGGCAUUCGAAGAAUUGAAAGCUUACCUCUCCUCCCCCACCGCUGCUGAGCCCGACACAGCCAGGAGAGGAGCUUUUUCUCUAUUUAGCCAUCUCCCCGGCAGCUUGACGGCAGCCCGCAAGCUCAAGCCGUACUUUCAAGCCCAUACGGUGAAUGUUCUGACUGACAAGCCGUUACAACGGGCGAUGAGCAAUCCCGAGGCCGCUGGUCGAUUGGCAUUGUGGGCUAUAGAGCUGAGCGAGUUUGAUAUCCAGUACCGCCCACGGACUGCCGUCAAGGGACAGGUCAUCGCAGACUUCAUAGCUGAAUUCACCCACGACGAAGUCAAGGGGGCAGAGGAGUCCCCUCAUUGGAGUAUAUAUACGGACGGGUCAUCCAACAAACAAGCCGAAGGAGCCGGCAUCGUGCUAAUAUCGCCCGAAGGAGACACCAUCGAGUGUAUGGUCCGCCUCGACUUCCUCGCUACCAACAACGAAUCGGAGUAUGAAGCGCUGAUAGCAGGGCUCGACCUCGCCAAAGUAGCAGGAGCCACAAGGGUAGUCAUCUACUGCAAUUCUCAGGUCAUUACUAACCAAAUAAAUGGAGACUACGAAUGCAAGGGCGAAAGGAUGAAGAAAUAUCUUGACAAACUAAGGGCGAGAGUGGAUGACCUGGAAGCUAAAGUCGUCCAAAUUCCUAGAGGAGAAAACGAGCGAGCCGACCGCCUCGCAAAAGCCGCUUCAGCAGAACAAAUGGUCAUCCCGGGUAAUGUACUCUCGUUCGUUCAGCUUUCUCCGCUAAUAAAUCCAAGAAACGUGCAGGAAAUAUGCUCCGAGAACAGCUGGACCACGCCAAUAGUCUCAUAUUUGAAAGACGGGGUCUUACCAGACGAGAAGGAGGCUGCGAGGAAACUUAAGGUCCGGGCGGCGAGAUUCGUCCUAAUAAAAGACGUCCUGUACAAAAGGGGCUUCUCCCGACCAUAUUUGAGAUGUUUGGGUACGGAAAAAGCGGAUUACGUCAUGAGAGAGGUACAUGAAGGAGUCUGCGGAAACCACUCAGGGUCUAGAUCAUUGGUGCACAAGCUCAUACGAGCUGGGUACUAUUGGCCCACCAUGCAGAAAGACGCCGAAGCCUACGUCAGGACCUGCGACAAAUGCCAAAGAUUCAGCAAUAUCAUUAGGCAACCAACUGAAGAACUAACCCCGAUGACGGCCCCAUGGCCAUUCGCACAGUGGGGGUUAGACAUUAUGGGACCCUUCCCUACAGCAGCACGACAGCUAAAGUUCCUGGUGGUAGGCAUUGACUAUUUCACAAAAUGGGUGGAAGCUGAAGCUUUGGCCAUAAUCACGGAGAAGAACGACGACGGCAAGGACACCCACAGGGGAGACACCAUUCCGACUGACGUAUGGAGGCGAAGCGGUCAUUCCGGCAGAAGUUGGGCUCACAAGCUACAGGGUGCACAACCACGACGAGAACAAAAACGACGAGGCUAUGCGACUACAGCUAGACCUAGUAGACGAGAUCAGAGCAGUAGCAGAACAAAGGCUCGCUCGGUACCAGGACCGUAUGACUAA